AUGAAUAAAACAAGUAAUUUGAAUAUCCAAGAAUUACAUGUAGAAGAAAAAAUUGAAGAAUCAGAACCGAACAAGAUGCAGUCUAUCAAGAAUUCUUUGAUAAAAUAUGACCACACUCAGUUAUUUAGCAACCAAGUUUUAUUACUUGAUCAAGAAAAUGAAGUAGAAAAAAGAGAAUGA